ACUAGAGAGCUUCAGGGACUGUAGAGAUCACGCAAGACACCACACAACAUUAGAGGAGAGAGGAGCAGAAUUAUACCAUAGAAAAACAUGUGCCUCGUCUUUAGAUCUAAUUAAGACACAGCUCACAAAACAACAGGCAGGCUACCAGCCAAUUUCCCCCAGGGUCACACACCCAAACACCGGCUUGAAGAGGCUUGGCAGGUGCAUCGUGCCAAACCACAUAUCAGAAAUGCAAAACGCCUACAACUAAGGACCACAGAGCAGAUAUCAGCCCAGAAUGGGACCCCAGCAGCCAUCUCCCGAAAUACGGCACCAAGAAAGUAACCCAGUCGUGCAUCCCAGCCGAAAAACGCAUCCCAGCUGGACUAUGACUCUCGGCUGGCCUGGGAACGCCUCGGGAUUCCCCCGGAAGAGCUGGAGGAAGUGGCCGGGGAGAGGGAAGUCUGGGUUUCCCUGCUGAGACUGCUGCCCCCGCGACCCGACCUAGGAUAAGCGGAAGUUAAUGGAUGGAUGGAUGGAUGGAUAUUUUUCAGCUGUCCCAGUUUACCAAACUAAUUAGGGAAAGUGGGACAGUAUGUUUCAGAUAAUGUGGGACAAUUUUACAGGCUCUCCCAAGAAGAAAGUAUGUGCAUGUUUGACAGGAUAGAGUCCCAACUCUUAAAUAUAUUCAGUAACUGUACAUAAUAUAUAAACAAUUAUAUUUAUUCAUUUAUGAAAUGGGACAAAAUUGCCAACUUGAAUUUGUUAAAUUGUUUUAGUGUAUGAUGGCACCAAGGCAGAGGGAGGCAGAAAAGAAGGUUAGAGAGGUGAAGAGGCAGGAGGACUAAAUGGUUACAAGCAACUGCAGUUUUUACUGUUAGUAUAAGCUUUACAUGUAUUGGUUUAGGCAUUUUCUACAAAACAAAAUCCAAAAUGAAAUUAAAUGGAUUUUGACUUUUUUCAUUGACUUUUUGAUAAAAAUUAAUCAACAAUUUACCUUACGGGUGCAGGGACUGUAUAGACCUGUAUCACAGCCCCCACAAGCAAGAAAUUUCAUUUUUUUCUUUUGAUGUGAUAAGCAGACAUCUUAAGGAUUGCAGAAAAGUUAAUUAGGUUGAUGUUUCAAUGGGCACUAGAAGUCAAAAUGGCAAAAAAUUUCCCACUUUACCUGAAUUCACUAUACGUAAUAGUCACCAUGGUGGGUUUUACAAAUAUUACAAAAUACACAAUUCCUAAGUCUAUAGACACAUGGGAAAAGUGUGCUGACUGUCACACCACAAAACUCAACUGUCAACAGUUGGCCUAGUUAUUGGGCUGCACAAUCAAUCAUAAAAAAAUCCGCAAUCUUAAUACACACCUCUAUGCCAUCUCAUUUCUAAAUUACAACGGUUCUUCUGCAUUGUAUUACAUCAGCUGGAUCAAAACAAGGGCUCCUACUUUUCCCCAGAGUCUCAAGAAUCCCAUAAUUCUGCAUUCUCUGUAAAGAAGGUACCAAAUGUAGGGUAAAACCCGGUACCGGCACUGAGGCAGGGAAUUUGUACUGAAUUUGAAAAUUGUGCAGCCCUAUAAUAUACAGCCAAUGUGCUGUAUUAAUAUCAACGUCACAUUGUGCAUCCCAUUCUAACAGCCAGUCAGCUAGAUUAAGAUCUACUGUCAAUUCUGAAAUAUGGACAUUAUAGCGCAGGGAGUUUAGGUUUCACUAAAACAUUUUUACUCUGUCAUAGAAAAAAAAAAUCAAGGUUUACAAUUUUAAUUAUUAUUCCUUUUCAAAAUGAUCUAGUAUAGACCUAUGUUUAAAAAACAGCUUUAAGUAUACUUCCGCUGUUUUUUUGCAUGAGCAUUGCACGCAAUCUCCGAGACAAUCAUAAUUAUUUUCAUCCUUGCUGUUUAAAUCACUCCUAGACGGGUUUCUGAGAAAUGUUUUUUUUUGUUUGUUUUAUAAAUACCCUAAUAUUUAUGACAACAAAAUUAUACUGCAGUACCUACAAAUUUUCCAAUACCGCCCAGUGAAUUAUACAAAAUUUAUUUUAUGCUAUCUUGAUCUCUCCUUCUUCCGACUAAACUGCAGUUAAAGCUUGGGUCAUAUCAUUUGUCCACGUAUACAUUAAUAUUAUUAUUUUAUUUUAUUUGUAACUUUUGGUAUGACUUUGGUUACUCUAAUUGAAUGGUCUUUCGGUUGUCAGAAGUUGAUAUGCCGGUCCUGGAUCACUCAUAUGUUUGACAGAGUCAUGUUUUGUUGUGCUUCCUUUUGCAGUUUAAUGAGUGAAAUAAACGUUUUAAAUUUAAGAAGAAAAAAAAACUCGUUAACGAGAAUCGUAAUCUCAAUUCUAAGCAAAAGAAUCGCGAUUCACUUUUUUCCAGAAUCCUGCAGCCCUACCUAGUUAGAAUCACUUAUUCAUAUUAUUCAUAUUACUACUACAAUAGCGAAAAUAAGAUAUUACAUUAGUGCCUAUAAUGGUGAUGAUGCACAUACGCUUCAUUAGCUGACGGCCGUCUCAUCCGGCAAAUGAACAGAGGAUUUCGAGGCGACAUAUCAGGCAACCACCGUAGCCUACAGUAUGUGCGCAUGCGGAAAUUUCGAGAAAGAAAGUGUCCUGUUUAUUUGGGCUCGUGGAACGAGCGACAAUGGGAGUAAUGUUCGUAACUACAGUUUCUGCAUAAUAUGAAUAUACUUCAGAUGAUUUUUUUUAUGUAGAGCAAUAGGCUAAUUACCUGGAUAUGUCUAUUGUGUUUAAAAAUGCCAAAGGCUGGCUGGUAGAUCAGUGCUCCUUUAUCGAUGACAGAUUUGAGUCCGGAGAUGAAAACGCGAGUAAACGCCGAUCCUUUAGCUGGUGCUUCAAUCGGCGGUACUUUGACACACUGAAGCCUUACAUUAAGUCGAUCAGCGCUGACGGACUGCGGGCUGAGGGGGAAGAUGAUCCGCUGCCCAGUACUGGGUGUCAGAAACGCAAAAGGAAGCAAACACUGCUGAACCAGGGAGAAAUUGACGCCCAGGAGUAUCAUGACAAGGUUAGAUCUGUUAUUCUGGAGGGGAUCCAGCCCUUUCUGGACAUGGGACGCACCUGCGGGUAUCUGACAGAGGCUGCGACCAAGGGACCACCUCCAUGCGCUCAUGAGGACCGGCUGUCGGGCCUGUGUGACAUGGCAAAAGAGCUCCCUCUAGUGGAUGAUGAUGAGGAUGCACCCGCGCAAGUUAUUGGGGACGACCUUGGCUCCCUGGAUCACCUGGACCUGUUCACGCGGAUGACGGAAAACCCCAGUGGUCGCGCCAGGGAAGUGCGGCUUAUGGGGGAGCUGUACCUGCUUCCUCCGCGGUGCCGAUUCCUGCUGUCGGAUAUCUCCAAGAUGCAGCCCCUGCUGAAGUGUGGGAGGAAGUUUGACGCCAUUGUCUUAGAUCCGCCAUGGGAAAACAAGUCUGUUAAGCGCAGCAGAAGGUACGGCUCCCUGCCCUCUUCCCAGCUACGGCGGAUCCCCGUUUCCCAACUGAGUGCGCCUGGCUGCCUAGUGGCCACCUGGGUGACCAACCGACAACGGCAUCGGCGCUACGUGCGCGAGGAGCUGUAUCCGCUGUGGGGCGUGGAGCCGGAGGCCGAGUGGCUCUGGGUGAAGGUAACCCGGUCGGGAGAGUACGUGUUUCCGCUCGAUUCACCCCACAAGAAACCGUACGAGGUGCUGGUUUUGGGGCGACGCGUAGGGGAAGCGGGUGACACCCUCAGCUCCUCCCAGGGGUCGGAACCUGUCCUUCCAAACCUCAAGCUGCUGGUCAGUGUGCCCUCCACCCUACACUCUCACAAGCCUUCCCUUGCAGGUGUGCUGGGAGAGUUCCUCCGCCCCGACGCCGAGUGUCUGGAGCUGUUUGCCCGCGGCCUCCAGUCGGGCUGGACCAGCUGGGGCAACGAGGUCCUGAAGUUCCAGCACCACUCCUACUUUGAGAGGGAGCCGCUGAUGUCAGAGCCGCCCUCUGCCGCCAGCUGACACAAGGGGGCGCCAUUCUGCACAGAACCUGAGCCGGCUUCUCCUCCGUAAUCACCCUCAGUCUGCUGACAAGUGUACAUUGACCCUGUCACUAGGGAUACUAAUCCGGGCAGGUGGAGGGGGGUGUUUAUAGCAUCCCAAGGGACCAUUCUGUACCAGGCUUUUGCCCCCAAUAUGUUUAAUUGAUUUUAAUCUCCUUUACACACUCGGCUCUCCCCUGUGUGUGUGUGUUUGCAUACACAUCGCACAGCCAAUCGUAUAAUGAAGCAGUCUGUCCUUUGGACAGCUUUAUUCACCAUUAAAAGAGCAGUUUUAUUACUUGCAAA